ACAUAUACUGUUAUAAUGUCCAGUCUGUCGAAGAAGGGUGAAACUGCAUAUGCUGAAGCCGGAAAAGUUGCAGAAGAGGUAAUUUCACAGGUCCGGACAGUGUAUUCGUACGUAGGGGAAGAAAAAGCAAUUGAAGCAUACUCAAAAUCACUUAGAAAGGCACUGAAAUUGGGAACAAAAGGUGGACUUGUAAAAGGACUUGGAGUAGGUUCGACCUAUGGGCUGUUAUUUUGUGCAUGGGCACUACUCCUUUGGUAUGCUGGUCUCCUUGUUAGGCAUGGUGUCACGAAUGGUGGUAAAGCAUUCACAACGAUCCUAAAUGUUAUCUUCAGUGGAUUCGCUCUUGGUCAAGCAGCUCCAAACAUUAGUUCUCUUGCGAAAGGCCAUGCUGCAGCAAGAAAGAUUAUCAGCAUGAUAGAAAAGGCUCCAAGUACAUCAAAAACAUCGGAUGAUGGAAUGGUAUUACCACAAGUGGAAGGUGAAAUCAAGUUUUGUGAGGUGUCUUUCGCUUACCCGUCAAGGAAGAGCGUGGUUUUCAACGGCUUAAAUUUCACAAUCAGCGCCGGAAAAACUACAGCUGUUGUCGGUCAGAGUGGAUCAGGAAAGAGCACCAUUAUUUCCAUGAUUGAAAGAUUCUAUGAGCCAAAAUCAGGUAAUAUUCUUUUGGAUGGCCAUGAUAUAAAGAACCUCAGAUUGGCGUGGCUAAGGAAGCAAAUGGGACUCGUGAGUCAAGAACCUGCAUUGUUUUCUACAACAAUCGCAGGAAACAUCACAUAUGGAAGAGAAGGAGCAACCAUGGAGGACAUAAUAGAGGCUUCUAAAGUUGCGAAUGUUCAUUCUUUUAUACAAGGUUUACCUGAAGGAUACUUCACCGAGGUGGGAGGUGGAGUGCAGCUCUCUGGAGGCCAAAAGCAGCGAAUCGCCAUUGCCAGAGCAGUUCUUAGAAAUCCAAAAAUUCUACUUCUAGAUGAAGCUACUAGUGCACUAGAUGCGGAAUCAGAAUGCAUGGUUCAACAUGCCUUGGAGAAAAUAAUGUUAGAUAGGACAACAGUUGUGGUUGCACACAGGCUAUCCACAAUUAGGAAAGCUGAUAGCAUUAUUGUCCUAAAGAAUGGAAAAGUCAUUGAAAGCGGCACACACUCAGAAUUAAUGUCUAAAGGAGAAAAUGGAGAGUAUGCCACUCUGGUGCGAUUUCAAGUAUCAAAAAACAACGAUCUUUAUAAUGUUGUUUUCUUUAGGGACCCUUCAAAAACAUCACGGCUUCUUCCCGAAAUCGAAGAAUAUAAUGAGAAGACAAAGUCAAUGUUUCGGAUACAGCAGCAAGGAUUUCACAGAGAAGAACCUGAGUUGGCAAAAACACCACUGAUAUGGAAAGCAAUAAAACUGAACAAGCCAGAAUGGCCAUAUGCAAUGAUGGGAUCACUCGGUGCGAUACUUGCGGGGGCCGAAGGUCCACUAUUUGCUCUAGGAAUUACUCAUGUCCUCUCUGCAUUUUAUUCUCAUGAUAAACCUCACAUCAAACAUGAGAUCAAGAUCAUCUCACUCAUAUUCAUUGGAGCAGCGAUCAUCACAGUACCUAUAUACGUAUUGCAACAUUAUUUCUACACCUUAAUGGGAGAGAAGCUCACCACGCGUGUCCGCCUACUUAUGUUCUCAGCUAUUUUAAGGAAAGAGAUAGGAUGGUUCGAUAAGGAAGAGAAUAGUUGUGGAUCACUCACGUCAACUUUGGCAAUUGAAGCAACACUAAUGCGAAGCAUAGUUUCCGAGAGGUUGUCAACCAUCAUUCAGAAUCUAUCACUUACAGCGACCGCAUUUGUCAUAUCAUUUCUUCUUAGUUGGCGUUUAGCAGCAGUUGUCAUUGCCACGUUCCCUCUACUCAUUGGUGCUGCAAUAGCUGAGCACCUGUUUCUCAAGGGAUUUGGAGGGAAUUACACGAUUGCCUAUGCUCAAGCAACUUCCGUGGCACAAGAAGCGAUUGCCAACAUCAAAACAAUAGCGGCAUUUGGUGCUGAGGACCGGAUAUCACUCCAAUUUAUCAGUAAACUACAGAAGCCUAACAGAGAAGCCUGUUUACGUGGGCAUAUAUCAGGCAUAGGCUACGGCCUCUCCCAGUUAUUCGCCUACUGCUCUUAUGCACUUGGCCUUUGGUAUUCCUCGCAGCUUCUUAAGCACCGAGAAUCGGACUUUGGUAGUAUCAUUAAGUCCUUCAUGGUGUUAAUAAUCACUGCACUCAGCAUUGCAGAGACCCUAGCCCUAACUCCCGACAUCGUAAAGGGAUCGCAAGCACUUACCACAGUCUUUUCUCUACUUGAAAGAAAGAUCGAUAUAAAACCCGAUGAAUCUAUAGAGCCUGAGAAUAUCCGAGGACAGAUAGAGUUCAGGGAUGUGAGCUUCAAGUACCCAACAAGGCCUUGUGUCACUGUAUUGCGGAACUUAAGCUUACAUGUAGAAGCUGGAAGAAGCCUUGCUUUAGUGGGAAGAAGUGGGUCAGGAAAGAGCUCUAUAAUAUCGCUCAUAGUAAGAUUCUACGAUCCAAACUCAGGGAUGAUACUGAUUGAUGGAACUGAUAUCCAGAGUCUAAACUUGAGGUCACUGAGAAAACAAAUAGGACUGGUUCAGCAAGAGCCAGCGUUGUUCUCCACCACAAUCUAUGAAAAUAUCGCAUACGGGAAAGCUGGUGCUUCUGAGAUAGAGGUAAUGAAAGCAGCCAAAGCAGCGAAUGCUCAUGGCUUUAUAAGCCGAUUGGCCAAUGGGUACAAUACCCAUGUUGGGGAACGCGGAGCCCAGCUGUCGGGGGGUCAGAAACAGAGGGUGGCAAUUGCUAGAGCCAUUUUGAAAGAUCCAGCAAUUCUUCUUCUAGAUGAGGCCACCAGUGCUCUCGAUACGGCUUCUGAGAAGCUGGUGCAAGAAGCUCUAAAUGGGCUCAUGGAGGGUCGUACGACAGUCAUUGUGGCGCACAGGUUGUCAACCAUCCGCAAUGCCAACAUGAUUGCUGUUCUUCAAGAUGGAAAACUCUGUGAAGUGGGAAGUCAUGAAGACUUGAUUAGAACACCUAGAAGUGCGUAUUCUCAGCUAGUUCGCUUGCAGCAGCACGAAGGUGAAUCGUUAGACCGAUUCAAUAGUAUAAGCUAAAAUGAAAAGAAAAAGAACAAACUACAAAGAUUGUAUAAAUUAUCCUUUUCAGUUAGCACUUUGGUAGAAAGUUUCUCAUUACUUCUAUUAGGAUGAUGAAGAAGUUGAUAAUAGACGUGAGUUUCCUUAUGCAUAUAUACCAAUUAAGUCUGAAAAACAUACCACGUCAAGGUGAAAUAAAAGCAAAUCUGCAUCUUUAAAAGCUUUUUAGAUUGAUCAACAAACUAUAGUUGGCGGUGUCUGUAUAGUGUAUAGUAUUUCACC